AUGGUAGCCCACGAAGGGGUUCGUCAGUGCCGCGGCCCCCACAGCGUCACCGCAGCAGGGACUAUAAGAGACCAGCAUCGCUUCACCAGCGAGGGCUGUGAUACCGUCCCUAUUUCGCUUCCGGGCGGGGCUAAGGUCCGCUCCGCAGCAAAGCAGGCAAGAGGCAAAGAAGAACUUCGUGGGAGUCGGCCCGGGCUGGCGGUGGGUGAGUCGAGGGACCCGGGGCUGCAGACCCACCGCGAUGGCUUCGCUCCCCGCAGCCGCGAACUGGACGGAGGUGCAGGAACAGCGGGAGCGGACGCCGGGAGCCUGAGCGCUGCGUUCCAGCCAGGGGCAGGCACGGGGGUGGCUGAGCCUGGGUGGCUGCAACUGCUAGUCCAAGCUGGCAAUCUUUCUGCUUCCUCCUCCACGUUGGGACUGGCCGCCGCCACCCCGGCGCCUUCGCAGCCCCGGGCCAACCUCACCAACCAGUUCGUGCAGCCGUCCUGGCGCAUCGCGCUCUGGUCCCUAGCGUACGGCGUGGUGGUGGCCGUGGCGGUCUUCGGGAAUCUUAUCGUCAUCUGGAUCAUCCUGGCCCACAAGCGCAUGAGGACCGUUACCAACUACUUCCUCGUGAACUUGGCUUUUUCCGAUGCCUCCAUGGCCGCCUUCAACACCUUGGUCAACUUCAUCUAUGCGCUCCACAGCGAGUGGUACUUCGGCGCCAACUACUGUCGCUUCCAGAACUUCUUUCCUAUCACAGCGGUGUUCGCCAGCAUCUACUCUAUGACGGCCAUAGCGGUGGACAGGUAUAUGGCCAUUAUUGAUCCCUUGAAACCCAGACUUUCUGCCACAGCAACCAAGAUUGUCAUUGGAGGUAUCUGGAUUCUUGCAUUUCUACUGGCCUUCCCUCAGUGUCUUUACUCUAAAACCAAGGUCUUGCCGGGCCGUACUCUUUGCUAUGUGCAAUGGCCAGAAGGUCCCAAACAACAUUUCACUUACCAUAUUAUUGUCAUUAUACUGGUGUACUGUUUCCCAUUGCUCGUCAUGGGUAUCACAUACACCAUUGUCGGAAUCACUCUCUGGGGAGGAGAGAUCCCUGGAGACACCUGUGACAAGUAUCAUGAGCAGCUAAAGGCUAAAAGGAAGGUUGUAAAAAUGAUGAUUAUUGUUGUGGUGACAUUUGCCGUCUGCUGGCUGCCCUAUCAUAUUUACUUCAUCCUCACUGCAAUCUAUCAGCAACUAAAUAGGUGGAAAUAUAUUCAGCAGGUCUACCUGGCUAGCUUUUGGCUGGCAAUGAGCUCCACCAUGUACAACCCCAUCAUCUACUGCUGUCUGAAUAAGAGAUUUCGAGCUGGCUUCAAGAGAGCAUUUCGCUGGUGUCCUUUCAUCAAAGUUUCUAGCUAUGAUGAGCUGGAGCUCAAGACCACCAGGUUUCAUCCAACUCGGCAAAGCAGCCUGUACACUGUGACCAGGAUGGAGUCCAUGACAGUGGUGUGUGACCCCAGUGAGGUGGACAACGCCAAAUCCAGUCGGAAGAAGAGAGUGACUCCAAGAGACCCAAGCUCCCAUGGCUGCACCCGCAGGAAUUCCAAAUCCGCCUCCACCACUUCAAGUUUCAUAAGCUCACCCCACACCUCUGUGGAUGAAUAUUCCUAAAUCCAUUCCUGAGCUGAAACAGUAGUAUGACACCACCACGGUGCCACCACAGGCCCGCAUGCCCCUGACUGCUUACCACUCUGUCCUGAAUACUCUCUGGAAACAGAAGGGCAAUUUCUUGGUAGCUAUGUUUCAGAUGAGAAAGGUAGCAUAUACAUGUAACAAAGGCAGUAUUAAGAUAUUUGCCCACUCAAAAAUAAAGAGGGCUUUAAAUUUACUCUUUGAAAACUCUAAAUUAUUAUAUGUAACAGAAAAAUGUAUCUGAAAAUUCUUGUAAAGUGUUCCAUUUUUCUCACUUAAAAAUUGUAGUAUACAUUUGUGACGCUAAAGUAACACACAAUUUUUCCAAAAGAUUAAACAAGUUUUAAAAGCUUUAAAACAUAAUAAAAGUGAAUAAAAAUGAAGCCUAUAUAAAAUUAAACUUUUUCAUCUUCAGCUGUAAAACAGGAAAAAGUUAUACGAUUAAUUUUAUCACUAGAAUGAUGGAAAAUUAACCUCCAAAAGUAAGAUUUAAUAAAAAUCUUUCUGCAGAAGAACUCAUUCUGUGGAAUAAAAAAUUU